UGUUGAUUAUUUCUGUUCAGUGCUAAUCUUGGUGAUGACAGGUGGGAGUAAAAGUGAUACAGUCAAAGUGCCUUUAAGAUAAACUAUUGAAUUUGUGCACAUUCGCCCCGAAAAGUGCGCCAAGUCGUAUGUUUAAAGUAAGAUGUAAACAUACUUAUGGAUUUUUAAUGGAUUAGAGUUAUAAAAGGAAUGCAAUUAGAAUCAGAAAGGGAAUAAAUGCAGUUAAAAAUACCUAUGAAGACAUUGUGUAGAAUGGUUGGCUGAUACUUAAGAUAAGAUACUUUGUCGAUGCAAGUAUCGGAAAAUUGUUCUUAAAAAGUGGAGCCUCCUCUUUGGUAUAUAUUGGGAAUAUUUUCUGUAGCCAGCCGUAUUGCAAGGAGAUUGAGACGCUGACUCAAGACAAAAUAGAUAAAGAAACUACAAUGUCAAAUAAGAGCUUGGAAUUUAGAUUGCCUUCAACAACGUCUGUAGCAGAAAGUUAUUUGAAGCGUAAGGAGCAUGAUAAUAUACAGAAAGCUGGUGUCAAUUGAGGAAUAAAACUCGAUCAAGAGGGAAAUCACUGUUUUCGUAAGAAUCGAGUUUAAAUUAAUAUGUGUGAAACAGGCGCUUUAUGGAGUGUUGACUUGAGUGUUUAAUAUGUAAUAUCGAUAUGAAAAAUUCGUAGAUAGCCAGUCGGGAUAAUAUUCACAAACGUUUAAUAAAAAUUCUUAGAAAAUAAAUAUAUUUUUCUUGAACGACACGAAGUGGACUAUGAUUGAUAUGAGAUUGUAAAUAUAAAGGAAAAAUAUUGCAUAUAUGUGUCUGUUGUUAAUCGGAAUUCAAUGUUCAAAAAAGCAAUGCAACUGAAUGAAAGUACGAGUAACUUCUCCAAAGAUGUCAUUCAAAAUGAGGAUAUCUUCAGCGACGGACGUCUUAAUAAGUCGAACGUGGUUAUAAUGACAAUCUUUUUGAUCUGCAUAUUUAUUGUAAGUUUUGUCGGCAACAUUUCCGUGUUUAUGAUAUUCUACAAACGGCCCGUGUUAUUGACGAUAUCUAAUAGGUUUAUAGUAAAUCUAUCAGUUUGCAAUAUUCUUCAGACUGUUGCCGAAAUGCCUUUCGUGUUAACAUCGCUUAUUUCGCAAGAGUGGUUGUUUGGAAUUUUUUUGUGCCAAACCUCGGGUUUUGGGAUGAACUUAAUAUUUACUGCAAGUACUUUUACAUUGGUGCUUAUUGCCUUAGAUCGGCACUUGGCUGUUGCAAAGCCAUUACAUUACUCGAUGACAAUGACAAGCAGAAGGGCGUCCUAUAUGACAGCUUCAGUUUGGAUUUCGGCCAUUUUGUGUUCACUGCCACCACUUUUAGGAUGGAACAGCUAUGAAUUCCAGCGAUACAAAAUUGCAUGCAUGACAGUUUCAUAUAGUAAACAUCAUAGAGAUCAAUCUUAUAGCCUUUUUCUUGUAACAGUGUGCUUUAUUCUGCCUUCAUGCAUAAUCAUGUGGGCAUAUUAUGCUAUUUUUAAGGCGGCGAAAGUUAGCAGCGAAAAGGUGCGCCGAAACAGUACAAUAGCAUCUGGACUUAAUGAUUACCCCGAGUUAUCACUAAGAGGGGGUCGUCGCCACAGCUCAGCGCAACUUUUGAUUCACAGACUAAGCUGCAGCAAUAAACCUGGGUCAGUACUCUGGAGACGCGAUGAGAGAAAAGCAGCGGUGACUAGUUUUAUGGUGUUAUUCACAUUUAUUUUGUGUUGGUUGUUGUACUUUAUCAUCAUUAUUCUCGAAUGCCUUCUUAAAGAUCCAGAUCAUGUUGACCCCGUCGUAAAAACGCUGUCAGUGGUACUUGCCUUGUCAAGUUGCGCAAUAAAUCCACUAGUUUAUGUGUUCCGCUGUAAACUUCAGAGAGUUGAAUUGAAAAGCAUCCUAGGUUUAAAGCAAAACAGUUUCAAUAGGGAUAUGUGCAAUGGAAAUCAAAAUGGAUCAAGAAGACCAAGUUUUAACCCGAACUGCAUUCGACAAUCUCCUUGCAUUUCACGGGAAGGUAGUCAAGAAUCAGAGGUCAUUGAAAUUCUUCACCACGUCAAUACAGCAGCGACAUUAACCUCCAUGAUAAUUCCUGAAGAGGAAGAAAAAUUGCCAAUGACAAACGCAUAAAUGGAUAUUUAUAUAAACUUUGUACUUAUUGCUUGUAUCUUUACAAGGUCGCCUUGCCUAUAUGUUUUGUUUCUCUUUUGUUUAGUUUGCUAUUUAAAUGUUACUGACUUAAACAUUAAAUUUGUUAGAUUUAAUUCCUAUUUUAAUAUUGGUUUUGUACUAUAGUUGCAUUGCCUAUGGAAUAUUAAAUAUAGAGAUUACCUAUAUUAUGCUAUUACAUUUUUAUCAGCAGUUAUCUAAUAACAUCAAUUUUGAGAAAUGUUAAUG